AUGUUAUUAGAUGUUUCCAAUAAUUUCUUAUUGUACUUGCAGACAAAUCUGACUGUGGUCACAGAGUUUCUCCUCUUAGGAUUUCAAAGCAGCCAACUUUUGAGAAAUCUUCUAUUUUUUCUGUUCCUUGUUGUUUUUGUUGCCACAAUAUGUGGGAACCUCCUGAUCAUCAUCCUGGUGUCCACCAGCAAGAACCUCCACACCCCAAUGUAUUUCUUCAUCUCACAACUGUCCAUCAGUGACAUCUUAUUAUCCACAAAUAUUGUCCCCAACCUGCUCCACAUCCUACUGAAUAAUGGAGGAACCAUCAGUUUUAUUGGUUGUAUGACUCAGUUUUAUUUUUUUGCUGGCACAGAUGCAUUUGAAUGUUUUCUUCUCGCUGUGAUGUCUUAUGACAGAUAUGUGGCCAUCUGUAAUCCCCUCCGUUACACCUCCAUCAUGACAAAUAUAUUUUGUGUUACAUCAAUCAUUAUUAGUUGGUUAAUUGGAAAUGUUAUUUCAUUCAUUGUUACGAUAACAACAUCAAAACUAAAGUUUUGUGGGUCAAAUAUCAUCGACCAUUUAUUCUGUGACCUUGUCCCCUUACUAGCCCUGUCCUGUUCUGACACCUUCUUUGUUCACUUGGAGAUGUUUGUUUUGGGAGCUCCAUCUAUAAUGGUUGCAACCACAAUCAUUGUAGUGUCAUAUACUUACAUCGUGAUAUCAGUCUUAAGGAUCUCAUCCAGUACUGGUAGACAGAAAGCCUUCUCCACCUGUAGCUCCCACCUCAUUGUGGUCUCCAUUUUUUACUGGACUAUAUUUAGUGUUUAUGUUUUCCCUAAGAGAGAACAAACUUGGGUCAGUAGUAAAAUCCUCUCUCUGCUGUAUACUGUAUUUACUCCAUUUAUUAACCCCAUUAUAUACAGUCUGAGGAAUGAAGACAUUAAGAAAGCCAUACAGGAAACAUUUCAUAAACACAUAUCCCAGCGUGUAUUGCGUCGUGUCAAUGAUCAAGCUGUCAAGGAGCAGGAAGAUGAGGACGUCGCAAUGCUGAAUAAAUUCCAAGGGGGAACUACUCCAUCUGAGACAAAACUCUUCGCGGAGUCUAUCCGGCAGAAUGGAGAGAUUAGAGGGAUCACCGCACCAGGACACUACGAGGUCAAGUGCUCGCUGUACAUGGACGAUAUGACCGUCUUCUGCGCUGACCGGCUUUCAGUGACUGCACUCGUCCAGACCUGCGAGGAGUUCGGACAAGCUUCAGGGGCCAAAGUCUACUGCGGUAAGUAG